AUGGAACGUAAUCCAGAUAAAAAGAGUGGCUUGGUGUACCAUGCAGCUGAACGUGCGUGUAAGCGGCGUUUUGAGGAGGUGGAGAGGGAAUUCCGUCGUGCCCGGCAACCGGAGCUGCCGACUGUGGAAACCCAAGCCGAUGAUGCUGAGCCAUCGUACAUGGAGCCCGUUCCGAGCUGUUUUACAGACGAUGCUGCUCCGCUUAGCGACAGCGAGGAGGACAGCAUGGCCGACGCAAGCAGCGGGGCAGAAAGUGACAUCGAAGACAUCCAGGUCGAGGUGCAAACGCCGGACCAACCGUACGAAGACCUUUCGUGCGAGGAAGUUUGA